AGGUUUUAAAGAAGCUAGAGUCCCAGAGAAGACCUUUGAAGUGUGAAAAGAUUUCCUGUAAUUGAAAUCGAAAUGUCAUUUAUAGAUCCUUAUCAGCACAUUAUAGUGGAGCACCAGUAUUCCCACAAGUUCACAGUAGUGGUGUUACAUGCCACUAAAGUGACAAAAGGCGCCUUCGGUGACAUGCUUGACACUCCAGAUCCCUAUGUGGAACUUUUCAUCUCUACUACUCCUGAUAGUAGGAAAAGAACAAGGCACUUCAAUAAUGAUAUAAACCCUGUGUGGAAUGAGACUUUUGAGUUUAUUUUGGAUCCUAAUCAGGAAAAUGUUUUGGAGAUCACAUUAAUGGAUGCCAAUUAUGUCAUGGAUGAAACUCUAGGAACAGCAACAUUUCCUAUAUCUUCUAUAAAAGUGGGAGAGAAAAAGGAGGUUCCUUUUAUUUUCAAUCAAGUCACUGAAAUGAUUCUGGAAAUGUCUCUGGAAGUGUGCUCAUCCCCAGACCUUCGUUUUAGCAUGGCUCUGUGUAAUCAGGAGAAAAUGUUCAGACAACAGAGAAAAGAAAGAAUAAAGGAGAACAUGAAGAAAUUCUUGGGUCCAGAGAAUAGUGAAGGCUUGUCCUCUACCCGUGAAGUGCCUGUAGUAGCCAUCUUGGGUUCAGGUGGGGGUUUCCGAGCCAUGGUGGGAUUCUCCGGUGUGAUGAAAGCACUAUAUGAAUCAGGGAUUUUGGACUGUGCUACCUACAUUGCUGGUCUUUCUGGCUCCACAUGGUACAUGUCAACCUUAUAUUCUGACCCUGAUUUUCCAGAGAAAGGAUUAGAGGAAAUUAAUGAAGAGCUGAUGAAAAAUGUUAGCCACAACCCCCUUUUACUUCUCACACCACAGAAAAUUAAAAGAUAUGUUGAGUCUUUAUGGAAGAAGAAAAGCUCUGGACAACCUGUUACCUUUACUGAUAUUUUUGGGAUGUUAAUAGGAGAAACACUAAUUCACAAUAGAAUGAACACUACGUUAAGUAGUUUGAAAGAAAAAGUCAGUACUGCACAAUGCCCUUUACCUCUUUUCACCUGUCUCCAUGUCAAACCUGAUGUUUCAGAGUUGAUGUUUGCAGAUUGGGUUGAAUUCAGUCCAUAUGAGAUUGGCAUGGCUAAAUAUGGUACUUUUAUGGCCCCUGACUUAUUUGGAAGCAAAUUUUUUAUGGGAACAGUUGUGAAGAAAUAUGAUGAAAACCCCUUGCACUUCUUAAUGGGUGUCUGGGGCAGCGCUUUUUCUAUAUUGUUCAACAGAGUCUUGGGAGUUUCUGGUUCACAAAAUAAAGGUUCCACAAUGGAGGAAGAAUUAGAAAAUAUUACAGCAAAACAUAUUGUGAGUAAUGAUAGUUCGGAUAGUGAUGACGAAUCACAAGAGCCCAAAGGCACUGAAAAUAAAGAUGCUGAAAAAGAAUAUCAAGAUGAUAAUCAAGCAAGUUGGGUUCAUCGUAUGUUAAUGGCCCUAGUGAGUGAUUCAGCUUUAUUCAAUACCAGAGAAGGACGUGCUGGGAAGGUGCACAACUUCAUGCUGGGCUUGAAUCUCAAUUCAUCCUAUCCAUUGUCUCCUUUGAGAGACUUUGCUACACAAGAAUCGUUGGAAGAAGAUGAAUUGGAUGCAGCAGUAGCAGAUCCUGAUGAAUUUGAACAAAUAUAUGAGCCCCUGGAUGUCAAAAGUAAAAAGAUACACGUUGUGGAUAGUGGUCUCACAUUUAACCUGCCCUAUCCCUUGAUCCUGAGACCACAGAGAGGAGUUGAUCUCAUAAUUUCCUUUGACUUUUCUGCAAGGCCAAGUGACUCCAGUCCUCCCUUCAAGGAACUUCUACUUGCAGAAAAAUGGGCUAAAAUGAAUAAACUCGCUUUUCCAAAAAUUGAUCCUUAUGUAUUUGAUCGAGAAGGACUAAAGGAGUGCUAUGUCUUUAAACCCAAAAACCCCGAUGUGGAGAAAGAUUGCCCAACUAUCAUUCACUUUGUUCUGGCCAACAUCAACUUCAGAAAGUACAAGGCUCCAGGUGUUCCAAGAGAAACUAAGGAAGAGAAAGAAAUAGCUGACUUUGACAUUUUUGAUGACCCAGAAUCACCAUUUUCAACCUUUAACUUUCAGUAUCCAAAUCAAGCAUUCAAAAGGUUGCAUGAUCUAAUGUACUUCAAUACUCUGAACAACAUUGAUGAGAUCAAGAAUGCCAUCAUUGAAAGCAUUGAAUAUAGAAGACAGAACCCAUCUCGUUGCUCUGUUUCGCUUAGUAACGUUGAAGCCAGACGAUUUUUCAAUAAGGAGUUUCUAAGCAAACCCACAGCAUAGUGUGUAUAGUGAGGAAAGCAACAAUUUCUGAUGUAGACGCAGUUUGAAAUUCCUUGACAACUGGAUUUUUGAAGUACAAUAUUGUCAAUAGUACUGAUCAUGAGAGACUGGCUGGUACUCAAAGUAGCAGUUAUUUAACUGCAUGAGAGCCAUACUUAUGCUUGUUAGGUUGAGAGAAGAUGUUGAUUGUGUAAAAAUAUUCUUAACUACAUUUUCCAUCAGUAUGAAUUUUCUGAUGUAGGAAUAUAUACUGUAUUUUAAAACAUUCCUCACCCACUAUUUUAUGUGUGCUAUUUUUUAAAAUGUGGUUCCUUUAUAGAAUAUUUAACAGUUCAGUCUCAGUAAGACUUUGCAUUAUAUGUGAAUGCUAUUCACUGACUAGAAUUAUUCAUGCCAUGUGACAACACUAUUUCUUAUUUAUAGAUAUAUAAAUAUAUGAAAUAAAACAUC